AUGAACGGUGUCAUGUCCACCUCUCAGACCGCCACCGUCAACGCAAGGUCCGCGAAGCCUCCCCCCACAGGUCCUGCUCCCCCUCCUCCUGCAUCAGCCCAUCCACAUCCACAACUCCCGCCCAACUCGAACUCGAACAAUUCGCAGAACCAUCAUCCACCCGCGAACAACAGAACCCAGGGCCAUCCUCCCGCACACAAUCACAACCACAACCACGCGCCAGCGGUCAAUGGCUCGCACGCGCCGCAUCCCAAAGGGAAGAAGAAGAAUGAACCGACCCCGGUAGACCCGGCGACGAUGUAUGAGAGUCUGAAGAAUAGGAUUGCGGCAUUGGAGGAAGAGGAGGUGCUUGAGGAGGAAGAGGAGAGGAGAUACGCGGAGGAAGCUCAGAAGUCUGUCGUCGGGAUGGGUGAGAACGCGGUGCAUGCGAAGUACAUCGAGAUGUUCGCGGAGUACAAACGGAUGGAACGGGAGCAUCAGAAGGAGAAGCAGAAGUUAACGAAGGAUAAAGAUGCAGCUAAGGGUCAGUUGACAAAGGCAAACCAAACCAAGGUCAAGAUGGAGAAUCUCGCACGAGAGCUUCAGAAGGACAACAAGAGACUCAGGGAGGAUGGCAAGAAACUUGCACAGUCUGUGGAGGAGGCACAGGAAGAGAUUGAACAAAUGAAGAAAGACAUGACAAGACGUGCCGAAAAGGCCAAGGCCCAGGACACAAAGUAUCGCGAAAUGCCCGACAUCGUCGUCAAAGUCGUCUGCCGCUAUCGCGAAGAGCUCUUCUUCCGCAUCUCGCGCAAAACCAAGCUCCUCAAACUCUUCAACGCCUGGACGGAACGCAUGGAAUUGAUCAAUGCGAGCAGUACGGGACCGGGGACUGGGGGGCCUAUGUUUAGUGGUGGGAGUUGGAAGAAACCGGAUAAAAGUGGGGGGAGGACGGAGACGGCGAGCACAUAUACGACGAGUUCGGGGCAUGCGCCAAGUUUUGGGACGCAGUUUGUGUUCACGCAUAGCGGAAGGAAGGUGGACGCGGAGCAGACCCCUGAAGAAGCGGGUGUGGAGGAUGGAGAUGAGAUUCUGGCGGUUGAGCUCAUGGAUCUGACCGAGGGUCCUGGGACAGAGGUGUUGGAUGAGCGUGCACCACGUCGCCAGAAGCUGCAGAAACACUGGACAAAUGACCCUGCGGAAGCGGUGAAGACACUUGAAGAAAUAUUUGAUGGAGUUAUUCGAGAACGGCUCAAAGAAGUCCUACGACAGUAUGAACUCCGAGAACGACAUUUUGAGUGCGUCAUCCGUUCGAAGGAGCUCGAGGUCUUGCUCUCUCGUGCACGAGCCGCAGAGCAAAAGCAACUUUGUGAAGGCGAGAAAGCGCGGGCGGAUAAAUUGGAGGAAGAAGCUCAAGCAAUGCGAAAGGAGCUAGAAGACGCUCAUAAGGGGCAAACCAUGCUUUUCGACAAGCUCAUCAGCUGUUGCAAAGAGCCUAACGCAGAGAAAACGCAACGUUUAUUCGCUUCGCUUCGAGAAGAGCUGGAAAAACGCGGUCGGGGCCACCUAGUGAAUGGUGCCACGAACGGGUAG